AGCUUUCAUUCGGAAGAACUCUGCAUUUAUCUUAAGUAUUCGGGAAGACAACAGAAAUAAUUAUUUCAGCAGUGGUAGCAGACGAUGAAAAGAAGAAAAUAAUGAGCUCAUCAGAUCUGAAAUAUGAGGAUGAAGAGGAUGAUCGUUAUUUACUGCCAUUUGGCAAAAUAUCCCAAAAAGCUAAAAGACAUGAUGAACUUGAAUCUCAGAAGUACAAUGAAUUAACUUGCAAAGAUGGCGAAAACUGUUUAUCACAAGAUCUAUUUCACUCUCCGAAUGAUACAACAUCAUCAGAUACAUUAGAAAGGUUGUCAAGAUUUUCACCAUCAAAUGUUCUAGACACAAAGACCAAGGAAGAUACAUUAACAUCACAUACUAUAGAGUUGCUUCCUACACCAGCUAGUGACCAACAAUCACUGAUAUCUGGUUAUCAGGUGGUAAAGGUUUGCAGAAAUGGAAUCUCACCAGUGAUCCAAAGUAAAACUUUUGAAGCUCUACCACACCCAACAAAACUUUUUAGGAGACGGAAGCAAUUUUAUACUCAGCAAAUGACCAAGGCCUCAAAAAGAAGUCUGCCUGUCAAACAACACGACAAAGAUAACCAAAGUGUAGCCAUUCAUCUAAGACAGCUGCGGUCAAAACAGUCAAGAAUUGAUGCCAACAAAGAAUCUGACCAAACAAAUUUAUCUGAUCAAAUCAGUCUAUCUAGAAAUGCCACAAACUCAAUGACAGCAACUAUGGUAUCUAGAACAGUGAAGCCCAGUCUAACAACCAGUAUAUCAGACUGGGAGGCCAUCGAGUCCUGGAUCCAUGGUCGAUGGAAAUCAAAUUCAGUUUACCAUAUUAACAAACACAUUGAAGAAGAAUGAAAGAGGACAUCUCAUACUGUUUUUAUUACCGUAAUUGAAAUAAGUUCGUGAAAUAGGGCAUCAAUAUCCUAAUAAACAUUGAUAUAAGAAUAUCUUGAAAGAAUGCAUACAAUAUUUAAUAUAAUUGCUCUGUUAAUUGAGGACUAUAAUGGCAGAUAGCUUAUAUAUCAUCCACAUUUAAUUUCUUAAAUUAUACUUAAAAGGAGAACACAUUGUAUUAAUUAAGUUUAUGUUAAUGGAAAUAAACGAUUUGUCUAAUAUCCGAAAA